GACCUGUGUGCGUAUGCAGCUAAGUUUACUUUCAGUGCCUACUCUGUUUCCAUGCAAUGCAACAACAAAUAGGCAAAAGCAAGGUGCCGACCUCAGUUUGCCAGACCAAGCCUUAUUCUGAAGCUUUUAACACUGCAGACAGGAGAUAUUAAUUGUAUCACCAUAGUUCACAAAUCAUCUUGUGUCCACUCUGUAAAGGAGAACCACAGUUGUUGCUUAAUGGGGAGAGUAAAACAGCCUGCAGGGUUGUUUUUAUCAGUGCUGGAUGAGAGAAGUGACUGAGGAAAAAAGAUAGAGAGCUGAGAUGACAGCUGUUUGACUGGGAGGAUGCAACACGCUGGGAAAACACAAGACAAGAAUGAGUGAAACAGAGCUUGAGGUCCUGCAAGAAAGCCAGCUCCGGUCUGAGCGACAGCGACUGCACCUGCCAGAAUUUAACAUCCGGCACAGAGUAAAGUCAGUGUGGAUAAAACAUCGAAGACUGCUACUGCUCCUCUUGGGUUUCUCCUUAUUUGCUGUCACGCUGGGACUAAUAAUCAAUUUGUCUCACAGUUCCCACACUGUGUCUCCAUGUCUCUCCCCUGCCUGUCAGUGGGCAUCAGCCCAUUUCUCCACAUCUGCCGAUCCCUUCAGACAGCCUUGUGAUUACUUCUUGUUCACAUGUGGAUCAGACAGACUUUUACUGGACAGUGAGGGGGGAGAAGGAGGUCAGGGUAUCACUGGCCAUGCAGAAAACCAGACGAAAAAGUCUGUGCGGUCAGAGCAGGAAGAUGGAGGACUAAGACAGGAUAAAACACUGAACAGAAAAGCUGUGUUGCUGCAGUAUCUCAAGGAGAUUUUAGAAACAGACGACGGGAGGAAUAGUUCAGCAGUGCAGAAGACAAAAGGAUUCUACCGUUCCUGUUUGGACACAAAAUCUAUAGAAACUGCUGGAGCAGAGCCCUUCCUCACACUCAUUCAGAAACUGGGAGGCUGGGCAGUAUCUGGAAACUGGAAUAUGGCAGAUUUCAACACCACCCUGGGCUUGCUAAUGAGAGACUACAACACCUUUCCAUUCUUCAGCAUCUAUGUGGGCAAAGACCCCACUGAAACAAUCCGUGGGAUUAACAAAAGAUACAUCCAGAUUGAUCAGCCAGAUUUGUUGAUCCCGAUUGAAUGGAACAGCGAGACAGAGAAGUAUAGAGCUAAAACUGAGGCUCUUCGUCCAUUCUUGACCUCAUGUCAGAGGUACCUUAACCUGCUGGGUGCCCCGCAGAGCAGCAGCUUGAUCCAUGUGGGCUCUUUCAUCUCUCUGUCCUCUCAGCUUGCUGUGGCAGCUUCACCCCUGGAAUAUCGGCUGUCCAAAGGACAGCUCCACCAGCGCAUGACCAUCAAAGAGCUACAGAAACAGGCCCCUGCCAUCAAUUGGUUGGGUUGCCUGCAGGCUGCUUUCCAUCCACUGUCCCUCAGCGAAGACGAUGAUGUCCUUCUGCAUAACUUACCCUACAUCGUGCAAAUGUCCCGCACCAUUAUCGGAUGGCUGAACAAGCAGGAACUGAGCAAAAGCGCUCCCCUUCAUACUUUCAUGGUCCUCAAUCUGCUGCACACCCUGAUGCCUGCCAUGGACUCCAGAUUUGCUGAAACAGCAAAAAGCUUUUCUGUAGCUCUGGGUAACACUGAAAAGGAAGCUCCUCGCUGGAAACACUGUGUGCUUGAGACCGAGAAAGGAUUUGACUCAGUUCUCACACAUCUUCUUGGUGAAGGGACAGGACAUGGAGAGGCAGAGGAGAUUAUUCAGAACAUCUUUUACUCCUUCAAGGCCAAACUACAUGAGCUUGAGUGGACAGAUCAGACAUCUCUUCAGCUUGUCAUGAAAAAGGUUGAUGCUGUAAUUCCAAAACUAUGGACUAAGAAGGUGCCAUCUAGUGAAGCUGAGCUUGACCUGUAUUUUUCUGAGAUGACAAUCAGCAACCAUAGCUUCUUCUCCAACUAUGUCCAGCUACUAUCCCUGUGGCAGAAGAAACGCAUCCAACUCCUGAUAUCGCAGCCCGAGGGUAUUGAUGUAUUGUCUGUCUCAUCAUUUCUUUUCGGUAAUAAGCUCCUCUUUCCCAUGGGAAUGUUUGUACCUCCACUUUUCCAUCCAACCUAUCCCAGAGCCAUGAAUUAUGGUGCAGCAGGUUUCCUCGUUGCCAAAGAUAUCCUCCACCUGCUUCUGCCUAGCAUUUCCUCUCAAAGUGAGACCGUGCAUGCUGUGGGUGAAUGCGUGUGGACUCACUACCUCACGGUGUCCGAAAAGGCAGGCAGAGGUGGAGGGUUUUCGCUGUCAGCAACACAGCAGCAGGAGGUGUGGGUGCAGUAUUCUGCACUGCAGGUAGCGCUGCAGGCCUAUCAUCAGAGUCUAAAACAACAGCCUGGCGACAGUUCUAUUUCAGGGUUGUCAUACAAUCAUUUGUUUUUCACAUCCUUUUCUCAGGUUAGCUGUGAAGCAGAUCGAUACCGCGACUCCAUGCCCUUUGAGCCCUCCUUCUUGAUCACAGUCAUUUGUGCCAAAUCUAACUUGUGUCCUACAAGCCUGCAGUGCUCCAUAAAAACCCAGCAGAAUUCAUUACAAACAUGCUGACCAGUCGCCUCUAGCAAGCAGGAGUUAAUUUAUUUUUAAAAAAAUGUACUCAGCAUGGGGAUGUUGGCCAAAUGUGAUAUUAAAAAAAAGAGAAAAAAACAAAAACAAUACUUAGCACAGGUGUACCUACCAUAAGUAGGCAACAACCCAAAGUACAAUUUUAUAUUUGCUUUAGUUGUAAUUGUUAGGUUGUGUCUGCAUGUUCUAUUAAUUGCAUGAGCGGUUUAGUUUUGUUUGUUUGUUUUAAUUAAAAAAAAAGAAAAAUUAAAAA